ACCACAUUUCGCAAAACCUGUGUCUUUGAGCGACUCUCGGAGAAGAACCCAUUACGGGGAAGAGAAGGAAAAAAAAGCAAAAAUGGUUUUAUCGAACAAAAAGCUGAAGCAAAAGCUUAGAGCAGAGCUAGCCAAAUCUUUAUCAGAAUCAGUAGCCAAAGCUGAUUUGAAUACAGAAUCACAAACCCAGUCUCUGAAACUGCUUUUGGACUCAUCAACUCAGAGACCCAGAUUGUCAAAGCGAGAGAAACGCCGAGAAACCUUCUCUUUGCGAGGUUUGGAGCCCGUAAAUGGCGAUAAUCUUGGAGAAGAAGACAAGAAGGAAAGUGGGUCGGAGGGGAAGAAGAGGAAGAGGAAGAGGGAGGGGAACGAUGUCGUUUUGGUGUCGGAGGAAAAUGGGGUUGUGAAGAAGAGCAAGACAAAGAAGAAAAAGAAGAAAAAUAGUAAGAAGAAGAAGGCUAAGAAUGAGGAAGGGAAAGAGCUUGGGAAUGAAGAGCAAAUGGUUGUGGAGCCGAAUGAGAAGAAUGAUGUUAAUAGUCAAGCAAAUGGUAAUGUUACCACAAAAGUUUAUGUUGGAGGAAUUCCUUUCUACUCAACUGAGGAUGACAUUCGAAGUUAUUUUGAAGGAUGUGGCACUAUAACUGAGGUUGAUUGUAUGACCUUUCCGGAGAGUGGAAAGUUUAGAGGAAUUUCCAUUAUUAGCUUUAAGACUGAAGCUGCAGCAAAACGAGCCUUGGCUCUGGAUGGAUCAGACAUGGGUGGGCUGUUUCUGACUAUCCAACCUUACAACGCAAACCAAAUCAACAAAAAAUCUGACUUUGCCCCAGAAAUUGUGGAAGGUUACAACAGAAUCUAUGUUGGAAAUUUGGCAUGGGAUAUCACAGAGGAUAAACUGAAGAAUUUUUUCUCGGACUGCAAAGUAUCAUCUAUACGGUUUGGUAUGGACAAGGAAACAGGUGAAUUCCGAGGCUAUGCUCACGUAGAUUUCUCAGAUAGUCUUUCUUUGACAAUGGCAUUGAAGUUGGAUCAGAAGGUUGUGUGUGGAAGACCUGCCAGGAUUAGAUGCGCAGUCCCUCUUAAAAAAAUGCAGACCAAUACCAGAUCUGUGCCUAGAACUACAGAAACUGCUCCAACGACUACAGAAACGACUGAUACUAAUGCCGUGUCGACCUCUGUUGCUAGUACUGGUAAGAUGAAAAGGAGGUCAUGUUAUGAGUGUGGUGAGAAGGGCCAUAUUUCUUCUGAUUGUCCAAAGAAGAAAACAGCCAGUUCAACGGUUGGUGUAGCAGAUUCUUCAAAGCAGCAAAUUACUCCUACAACUACAGAAAUUGCUCUUACAGCUACAAAAACAGCUGAUACCAAUAGCGGGUCGACCUCUGUUGUUAGUACUGGUAAGAUGAAGAGGAGAUCGUGUUAUGAGUGUGGUGAGAAGGGCCAUAUUUCUUCUGAUUGUCCAAAGAAGCAAACGGCCGGUUCAACAGAUGCUACAGCAGAUUGUCCGAAGAACCAAACUGAUCCUCCAACUACAGAAACUGCUCUUACAACUGCAGAAGCUGCUCCUACAACUAUGAAAACUGCCAAUACCAUUAGUGGGUCGACCCCUGUUGUUAGUGCUGGUAAGAUCAAGAGGAGGACAUGUUAUGAGUGUGGUGGAAAAGGCCAUAUUUCUUCUGAUUGUCCGAAGAAGCAAACAGCUGGUUCUUGAACUGACGUGCCAUCUUUCCAAGGUUUUUCAUUAUAAAUAGGUGGGAAAAAAUCUCACCAUGUAACAAUUUUUUGGGAGCAGUAUUGUAGACUCGUUAAGUUGUCAUUUGGACAAGCUGAAGAGACACAGCUCUAGGUGCUGUUGGUAUUUUCCAAGCAGCCAAUUUCGAGCAAAAAUUUUGAAGGGCUUUUGUAUUUGUCUUUUCUCAUUUUAUUUCUCUUAUAGGAGUUUCCAUCGCAAGGGAAGAAAAAAAGAAGAGACUAGCAAUGAGUUGUCUAUUGCUUAAUAAUUGAGGUUUUUAGUA